AUGCGCAGCCGAGGCGUUCGUAGGGAUUUUCACAACCGCAUCUCCAACCAGGCUAAGAACGUUAAGAACCGACCGACCUCACCCCCUUCUCCCCUGAUCCAAACUCCGGGACACGCAUCAUCGUGGAAGGUGUGGGAUAUGGAUGGGGUGUCGUCGCUUGGUUGUCUACGCAAUUCGCUUGACUCUGGCCAUUGUUUGUGUCGUUCACCUCUAAGUACCAGGGCCUCCUGCAUGUCAAAACGCCGACUUGGUGAAGCUUCACUUGACUCUACCUUAUUGACGGCGCUCGUUGACCUCGACGACGGUGGACGACGAUUCUUCGCUUCUGGACAAGGCAGCCUGGUUGUUUGUUUACUACUCAUCUCCACCCCGACAGAUGCCAAGUAUGCGGAGAAUGGUAGUAUCGGAGAGCGAAAUGUGGCCUGCUGA